AUGGAAUCAUACAACAUCCACAACAAACCUCCUCCUAAUCCUCCUCCUCGACACGCAAUAAUCGAUAUGACUUCACCUUCUCCCUCUGCCUCUCCCUCUCCUGCACCUCCAAGACCCGCUCAAUCAUUCGUUGGCGAACCUGCGAGAGCGAGGUAUCCUGGACAGUCCAGAUUGUUCAGUGCGUAUCCCACUUCUGCAGCGACCAAACAUGACUCCAGUUCUACCUUCAACCAAAGAUCAAGUGAAUCUUCAUACAACGCACUCACGCCUUCUAUAAACACCAACGUAGCGCCUAUUGAUCCUCUUGAUUUCGAAGGUUUUGGUUCUUCUCUCCCUUCGAAACCAUCUAAACCAUCCAAACCCUCCAGUCAAUCAGCUUCAGGUCACUUAUAUCGAAAAGCAGUUGAACCAUCAAAGGCCAAUAACUCAUAUAGUAGCUAUAUCAAACCCGCUACUCCAAAUGCCUUCAAGUCAGGAAACGCCCAAGCUCAGCAACCGAAACAACUCUUCUCGAAGCCAGCACAACAACCUGCUUUCUCAGCAAAUCAACAAUGGCCAACAUGGCUCACCAACGGUCAACCAAACCCUGUUUUAGUACAUCAUAAGCCUGUUCCUGCUCCAAUCACUAAUAUCAAAACCAGACCAACAGAAGACGAUGACACACCCAGGGAAGAGUUCAACCUUGAUUCAGUGCCAGUCACAGCAGAUGAUAUGGCUAGAUUCCAUGGCGAUGCUGAUCGACAUAUGCAAGAGCUGUUGAGUGGUGCGAUAGGUGAUGGCGAAGGCGAGAUGGGUGACGAAGGAACAAACGAAGGUGAUGACUUAGUCGAUGGCUUUGCCGAUGGGGUCAAAUUGAUGCCUCAUCAAGUGAGAGGUGUCAAAUGGAUGAGACAAAGAGAAAGUGGAAGGAAAUAUGGCGGUAUCUUAGCAGAUGACAUGGGUCUUGGUAAAACCGUUCAGACAUUGGCUAGAAUUGUAGAAGGUAUAGCAACGACAGCUGAGAAGAAGGCUGGCUACAAAGCUGGUACUUUAAUUAUUGCCCCACUUGCUGUGAUGGAGCAGUGGGCAACUGAAGUCAAAACCAAGACCACUCCUGGCCUCCUGAAGGUCACGACUCAUCAUGGCCCAAGCAGGACCAAAUCUGGUAAAAUGCUCGAGAAGUUUGAUGUUGUGAUUACCACGUUCCAGACUGUCGCUUCAGAGUAUGGCACACACGAGACUGUCGCUCAGCGAAGAGUCGAUGACGGGGAUUCAGAUUCCGACGUCGAAAUCGGACGGAAAGGCGCUGGGAAAGGAAAAAAAGCGAAGAAACCGACAUGCCCGCUUUUUGAGGUGAAAUGGCUGAGGGUCGUGGUAGACGAGGCUCAAAAUAUCAAAAACAAAAAUACUAGAGCUGCAAAAGCUGCAGUUGCGUUGAAAGCGAAGUACAGGUGGUGUUUGACAGGAACCCCCAUUCAGAAUAACGUCGAGGAGCUUUACUCUCUCUUCAAAUUUCUUCGAGCACGUCCAUUGGAUGAUUGGGAUAAUUUCAGAGAGCGAAUUACCGCUUUGGUUAAAAAUGGUCAGACAAAAUUAGCUAUGAAAAGAUUGCAUGUCAUCUUGAAGGCCGUAAUGUUAAGGAGAACCAAGGAUGCCACGAUUGAUGGCAAGAAAAUUCUUAACCUUCCCGGACGUACUGUGGCUAUCACUCCCUGCGAUUUCGACGAUGAGGAAAGAGCAUUUUAUGACGCUUUGGAAAAGAAAACGGAAAUCACCUUUAAUAGGUUUGUCAAAAGCGGUACAGCCAUGGCAAACUAUACUUCAGUUCUGACCAUGCUUUUACGAUUGCGUCAAGCUUGCGUGCAUCCCUCGCUCGUGACCAAAUCUCUUACCUUGGACACAGAUGCAAUCACCGACUCUGCAAGUCAACCUAAGGAGCUUGAAAGUCCCGAUCAGGCAGAUGAACUCGCUGAUCUCUUAGGAGGCUUGGGUGUAGAAAGUGGCAAGACCUGUCAGAUGUGCUUUGUGAAAUUGCAAAACACUUCAGCGAAGCAUUGUGAUGCAUGUACCGAUAUUGCCCGACAAGCCGAAGCCAAAUCGUCAGAAAACGACGAAGGAUUACCGCCAACCUCAGCCAAGAUUCGAAUGCUCUUGAAACUUCUGACUGAGGUAGAAGAAAGAUCAGGAAAGACUGAAAAGACGAUCGUCUUCUCACAAUUUACCAGCUUCCUGGAUCUGAUAGAACCUUUUUUGAAGAAAUACGGUAUCGCCUAUGUGAGAUACGAUGGUAAGAUGAAGAAUGAUAAAAGACAAGAAUCAUUAGAGAAGAUCAAAAGUCGCGCAGAUAUAAGAGUUAUUCUGAUCUCUUUCAAAGCUGGAAGUACAGGUCUCAAUUUGACUUGUUGCAACAAUGUCGUAUUGAUGGAUCUCUGGUGGAAUCCCGCUCUGGAAGAUCAGGCAUUUGACAGAGCACAUCGACUUGGUCAAAAGCUCGACGUGAAUAUAUUCAAAUUGACUAUCCAGGAAACAGUGGAAGAUCGUAUUCUCGCCUUGCAGAAUAACAAAAGAGAACUCGCCAAUGCGGCAUUGAGUGGAGAUGGUGCCAAAGGCUUGAUGAAAUUGACGAUGAACGAUAUCAUGAAACUGUUCCAGCGAAGCAGGAAAGAUCAAGAUGACGAAGACUCUGAUUCUGAUUAG